UUUAAUAUAAACACCUCAUGUAUGGAUUUAUAUAAUCUUAAAACUUGACAUAUUCUGGUUUUCCAUUUACGUAUGUAAAUUAUGUACUUUUUAAAAAUUCAGCUUUGUUUGGGAAAAUUCAUUUCAGUGCGUUGCAAUUUUUAUUAAACACUUUGGACUUAAAUUAUCUACACGUAAUUAUAAUUAAAUAAGAAAUAAAAUCUAAAUGGAUAUAAAUAACAUCGUUUCAAUGUCGUAUCACGCGAAACCAUGACACUCUAAUAACUCCAAUAUAGAAAUGGAAAAAUACAGCUCCUAAUCAAUUUUCCUGAAACCGAAGGAAAAAAACAGCAUCUAUUUGUACUGACAAAUUCUAUAUUAAUUUAGGGAGUUACAAUCACUUAUCGCGGAUGUUUUUGUUUUUAGAAAUCAAAAUUCUUAUUGCGUUGCUUCUUCCAGUAUUUUCCUGCAAUUUGUGUUAGACCGAUUUUGUAAUGAAUCAAUAAUUUUGCGCAAAAGCUGUUUAAAAUGUAUAAUUAAGGAACCUAAAUAAAACAAAUGGUAAAAUCAUACAAGCAUUUCUUUCACUUGUCCCUUAUAGAUAAUUAAUCAACCAAAGGAAAAUCGUGUUUUCAAAAAUAAAAUUUAUUCGGAAAUUUAACGCUAAAUCUAACCGCAACUUAUUUAUGAACUAAGGUAAAAGUAUGAAUAGUAGUUUAGAUUUAAAGUAGAAAAAUAAAACGUCUUUCUAAUAUAAUCAAGUUGAAUUCAAUAUCUUUGAUGCAACACAAUCUAUUUUAAUGGCAUACUUUCUUAACAACAAAAUGCUUUUUUAUGAUACAUAGGUACGUCAUCUAAAACAGUUAAUGAAAAUUCUUACAGUAUAUUCUAAGAUAAGAAAUUAUACUUUGUUUCAAUUAAGGAAUGACAAUUGCUACAAUUCUUUUCAAAUUAUUAACACACAUUAACUAAAUAAUCGCAAGUUCAUACACAAUGAAAUAUAAAAUUUCAAGGUCUUCUUUCGAGUAAUUUGUAUAGAGUAGACAUUAAGGUAUUUAUUAUUGCUACAAACGCUUAAACUGCUUUGGUUAUUAGGUACUCUACUAGGUUGCUACAACUGUGAAUUAUGGUAAAAAUUAUGAAACUUAUAAAAUAGUAAAAGAAGUAGAUAAGUUGGCUUAAGAAAACAGUAAAUUAAUGUUGUUAUAGCAACACCCACGUCAAUAAGUAAUUAUUAUCACAACUAGCUAGAAGUAGUGCUUGUGAAAGUUACAGAAACCAGUCUUUUUAAAGCCAAAAUAAACACACUUUCUUCCAAUUGAAAUAGUCAAAACAAUGUUCCAAAGAGAUUGGAACAAAAGGUCAGCAUGGCUGAUGACGAAUACACUACUAAAAUGAAGGAAUUGGAAAAGUACAUUCCGUUUAUUGAAAAAAUGAUAAUCGAGUUAAAAGAUCCAAAACGGAAAAAUAGAGAAGCUCAAUUGAACAAAAUGGAAUCAUUGCAUUCCAUGAUAACAGACAAACGAAAAAAACUUAAAAUAGACACGCUGAAGAAGUGCGAAGAAGUUUUAGUAAAACUAUAUGAAAAAGUGCAUCCUGGAAAAAAAGUUGACGCACUUCCAUUAUCUCCUGCUACAUCUGAUCGAUUAAAAUUUGUAUGUAAAAAUCCUGCAAAUGAAAAUGUCUCGCCUUCGGACAUUCUUAAUACAAUUAAGUUGAAAGCAGCGCGAGCUAAAUUGAAUGAGCUUUCAACGCCUGCAAGUCCUAGUCCACCGCGAGAAAUCAUCCCGUCACCAGUUCACAAACCAAUUGUAAUACCCACCGAAAAAGUUCAAUCAACGCAGAGGAAUGAAGACAGUUCGAUAUCAACAUGGAAAAAAUCAAGAACUGUGCAAUUAGAAAAGCCUGACGUUUACAGUAAGGUGGCGAGCAGUUUAGGCUCAAACAAAAAAAGCUCAGUUUUUGAUAGGCUUGGAAUGCCAUUUUUGUCCAAGCCUCCUUUGACCGAAAAAGACUUGGAAGAUCUACAAACUCCCGACGAUACCACAAAUGAUACAGAAGAUUUAAGUUUAAGUGAACUAGAGGAUCUAAGAGAAACGCUGAAAAGAAAAUUAAGCGCUAAACAUGAGAAAAAAUACAAGAAAGAGUCUAUUCCAAAGGCAGAUUGUACGCCAAAUUUAAAGUUAGCCACAGCUCCUAAACCUGUUCCCGCAUCAACACCAAAAAAUCCUCAAAUUACAAGUCCUAAACCUGCACCACAAAAAACCAUUCAAUCUCCUUCGUCGACUUCUGUGCAAGUUAAGGGUAAAUCUGACGACAUUUCCAAAGCUCCUGCCACCAUAUCAUCCACAGCAACAAAAGCAUCAUCCCAGGAGCCAAGAAAAUCUUCACCUAUUGAAUCUCUUGAUUCACAAAUCGAAAAGGUUAAAGGUCCAAAGCUGAUCGAUCUAGACAUUGGGUUUGGUAGUAUAGACAAAGAAAUAUUGAAAGAAGAAGAGAAGAAAAAAGAUCGACGCGACAGUGUUACGAAGAGUCACGAAAAGAAAAAGGACGCCGAUAAAGAGAAACAAAAGGAAGACAAAAAUACGAAAAAAGUCAAAGAUCAACACGAAGAAAAGGCGAAACCUAAAAGCGCCGAUUGCAAAACAACAAAAAAUAAGAAUGUAUCGAAAGAAAAGUCUGAUAAAAAGGAUGGCAGUAAUAAAGAUAGAAGGAAGAGUUUAGAAACUAAAUCUGUUAGUGAAAAGGGCAAGAAGGAAAAAGACGACAGCAGUACAAUAAAAAAAGACAAGGUUGAAACGGAUAAAAGUAAAAAAGAUAAAGGAGAACUUGAUAAAGAUAAAAAAGAUAAAGCUGAGACUGACAAAGACAAAAAGGGUAAAUGUGACAUUGACAAAGAUAAAAAAGAUAAUGCUGAGACUGACAAAGACAAACAAGAUAAGAGUGAGACUGUCAAAGAUAAAAAAGAUAAACGAGAGACUGACAAAGAUGAUAACGAUAAAAGUAGAAAUUCUAAUGAGAAAGUAGGAGGUGAAGUCAAAAGUGUACAAAGUGAAGGAAAAGAUACCAAAAAAUCAUCAUCAUCUAACAUUGACACUUCCUCUGCAAAUGCGAAAGUAUCAAUCGUUAAAAGUAAGAAACCAAACGAUAAGGUAGAGAAAAACAGAAAAAAUGAAAAUGAAUCCAAAACGACUUUAUCACUAAAAACUGAUAAUUUUACGGGGCCUUCUAUCGAAUUGAAAAUACCAUUGUCCGGCCCCAAAGAUCAGGACAAAAUAACUGUAUCUGAUGUGAUGGAUUUGGAUGAAGAUAGUUUACCGUCCACUACAGAAACUUCACCUGUUACCAGUCAGGAAGUACUGAAAAGUUCUACCGAAAGUGAAUCGCCAAGCAGUCCAGUAAAUAAAGUUAUAGAGCCAGCAAAGGAAAUCAAGCUUAUAUAUCAGCGUUUGGCCGACAAAUAUAAUCCAAAACCAAAAAAAAAGGAAGACGUUAGUAAUAUUGAGAUAUGCAGUAUACCACGACAAGACAGGCGAACAGUUCCGAUAAAUAAAUCACCGGUGAAUUCGUUCCAUUCAAACCUAAAAGACCUUUCAGCUGAUAAGAGCAAGCCAUUCCAACAUUUUGAAGAGCAGCAGCAACCGAAUUGGUUCGAGCCACCACAAAACAACCCAGCUUGGGCACACAAACCGCUUGAUCCGCCACCACUUAUACCGCCAAGCCUUUUUGGAGAUACGAAUCCGUUCUUUAUGCCACAAAAUGAACAAAUUCCAAACUUACAAAGUAACUUUAUGCCUGCUUACGAAAAAAACGAUCUGCAUCGUCCAGAAUUAGUUCCCAUACGACAAGAUAUUAUCUCACCGCCAAAUAUACCCAUCAAUUAUCCGAAUCUUCACAGCAAUCAGUUAAAUUACGCAAAUCAACAACCUUUCCAUCCGCCGAAUCAAAACAUGCCUAAUACUGUGAUCAACACAUUCGUAAUUCAUCAGAACCAUACAAAUAGUGUUAAUCAUAAUCAAUUCUCGGAUUCGUACAGUAUGAGCCAAAGAAAUAAGUCGUUUCACCCAUUUGAACCAAUAUCCAACUCUCCAGAGAUGGUUCCGCCCUCGCCAUGUCAAGAAGAUCAUUACGAUCUGAGUCGAAUGGGACAUGUGGAUUUUUAUCCAGGCUCGCAAAAUAGUCAGCAGAAUAUAUCAAAUUCAUCGCGUGGUGGUCUAUUACCGACUCCACAAUUUGGAGAGAAAACUCAGUACAAUAAUGACAAUACACCGAACAGUAGGUUCAAUAGAAACGAAUGGCAAAAUACGAGUAACCAAAGGGUAGAUCCACGAUUAAGAAGGGACGAUCGUGAUCCACCAUCCAACAUUAGAAAUAGUAGUAAUUUUAGAGAACAAAGAUCUGAAAGAAACGAAAGAGAACCACCGAAACGAUUCAGAGAUAAUGCGCCAACAAGCAAAGAGCGUUUUCGCAACCAACAGAAGAGGUCUGAAAGACGAAGCUCUGCAAGAUACGAGCACAGGAAUAGGUACGAUGAAAUGUAUACGAGGUUAGAUAAAAAUAAAGAAGCGGAAAGUUUUGCAUCUCCCUUAGACAGCUUGUACACGUCUGGGGAGAAACAAGCGACAGGUCGUGGUUAUGGAGUGCAAAACUACAAAAUACCGAAACGAAAACAUUUAGAUGAAUCUCCGUCACAAAAAGAUAGAAGUGACAAUCGACAUAAGGAUAACAAAGAUGAUCAGGACGUAAUUAGGAAAAAAACUGACGAUAAAAAACAGGAGGAUAUUAAUAAAGAAUCAGAAACAGAACCAAAAGUUUCUAAAGAUAAAGAUUCAAUUGAAACUGAACCAACUGAAAAAGAUAAAUUUUCUGAUGUCUGUAUUGAAGCUGAAGCUGAAAACGUAAAAGAAGUUAAUAAACAAGAUACAGAUGAUAAGCCACAACAGAAAACUAACAGUGAGCCUAAAUUGCCGGAAAAAUCGGCGGAAAUUAUUCCUGAGAAAGCGCCGAAUGAGAAAACCGAACAGUCCAUGCUUACGGAUUUUAUAACAAAUUUGAUCGGUGGAAGCAAAAAGAAAGAUCUCCUGGUCGCCCUUUUUAACACAAUAGCGGACGGAUUGGAAGAGCAACAAAAAAAGAAAUUCAAAAGAAUCAUUGUCGACUCUGAUAGUAGCGACGACGAAAGCGAGAAAGACAAGAAAGAUAUCAAACCCGUCAAAGCAACAAUUGUGGAUGACGAAUCCGAAGACGCAGAAAAAAAUAAAGCGAAUAAUUCAGAAAGAGUAAUAGAAGUCAAAAGCGAUGUUAAAUUGGACGAUGCUGUAGAUAAGAUAGAGAGUGAAGAACAAAUCAACAUUCAAGUAGAAACAAAGGAAAACGAUGACGCCGAAGCAGCCAGCGUACCAAUGAAAAACGAAAAACGAAGAAUCGGUCAAAGAAAAUCAGCGAGACAACAGGCCUCUUCAGUUUCCAAGACUAGUACUCCUCUUGAAACUAAGAAUGAGCUUGAAAGUGAUGUAGAUAUUGAAGUUAAAGUUCAAUCAGAAAACGAGAAGGCUAACAUCAAAUGUAAUGAAGAGGAGUCCGAAGAAAAUGAUGUUGUAUUUGAAAGCGUGGGUGAAAGAAUAAAGAACCUUCGUAGACAAACGGUUCAAGAGAAGAAGAAAAAAAAGAAGACCAGAACAGAAUUGGACAUGCUCCAUGAAGACAUUAAAGAUAUGUUUAUAAGAGAUGGUGUACUAACUGCGACUGGAAAAAGAAUGUGUCGCAUCCUAAAAGAUGAUCCCGAAGCUCUUACAAAGAAGACUGAAAAGGAGAGCGUAGACGUUACACCUAAGAUUGUCAAAAAGGAUGCAGAUGAAAUAACCCCCAUACCAACAGCAUCCCGCAGAUCAACUCGAAAUCAACUGAGAGUUGUAUUAGAAAAGACUGAUUUCAGUAAAUUAGUUCCUCCAAAACCACCUGAAAGGGUCUCCAGUUCCGACGAAUUAGAGAGCGAUUCAAAUAAUAUUUCUGGAAGAAAUCUUCGGAGAUCGAGAAGAUCACUCAACAAACCUGUGGUUUAUUGCGAAUUAAACGCAGAGGAGGAUGCCAGUGAAUCUACUACUCCUCCUUCAACUCCACAAAAAAAAGUCGCCAGAAAUAGCGUAAGUAGCAAAACUGACAACGAAUUAGAAGAAGAAAUCGACAUUCAAGUAGAAGCAAACACAUCUUCCGAUACUAUCAAAGAAAUUGAAGAAUCUCAAGAUCCGGAAAAAGAGACUAAAUGUAAAAAGAAAAAGAAACGAAAUUAUAAUAAAUGGGCUUCCGGUGUUAUUACUAAAAAUAAAGGUAAGAAAAAGAAAUCUGCAAACGAAAGUCCGAGAUCCAAUACAACAACUCCAACUCCGUCAGAGAAAACAGAGCCAUCUGUGCGAUCUGAUUCGGAUCACGAAGAGAUAAAUUCGGCUGUUGGUGAUCGCGAAUGGUUCGUAGAACCUUCUGUUGCUGAUUAUUUUGACAAAGACAAAAAGCCUGAGUGUAAACUUUGUCCUUUUAAAGGAAAGUUCAUAGUUCAUCAUUACAAACAAAAGCAUAAAGAUAGCGAGAUAUUAAUAUCUCGACUGCCACCAGAUGUUACUGCUGCAGCCAUACAAGAAUCUGUCGAAAAUAAUUAUGAAUCCGUAACGCCCGAGGACAUUAUUGAGCCGAACGGAAGGAAAAAGAAAUUUCUAUUUAAGUGCAUCUUCUGUCAUUUUAUGAUAAAGAAUGUAAGUGCAGAAAUAUUUUUUGAUCAUCUUACUCUUCACACAGGAGAAUACAGGUUCAUUUGUAAAUUAUGCACUUUUUAUACUAAUCAGGCAAAGCCGUUACGAGCACAUUAUAGCUCUGUGCACUUCAUGGCCGCAGGAGAAUACGGAGGAGCCAAAGCUGAGUAUAGCGCUCCUCCAAAUUAUUAUCUCGUUUUCGGGUAUGUUUGUGGACAAUGUAAUUACUUACAACUGAACAAAGAAGCAGUAGAGGAACAUAUUAAAAUUUUCCAUCUCGACAACGACACAAAAGUAUUUAAGAUAAAUAUGUCCUUAGAGCAAACAAAAUUAGAAGCUGUCGUAAAAUCUGAAGACGAGGAGGUGGUAGUUCCUAAUUCGCCUAGUAAAAAUAAAAAAAAAUUCAAAGCAGAAGUAUUGCAAAUAGUGAAGCCUGAAGAAAAAGAGGAAAGUAAGAAAUCGGAGACUGACGAAAACAAAACUGACAGUGAUACGGAAAAAGUGACUGUCAAAUCGGAAGAGGAAGUAGAGAAGGUGAGUAAGGUCGUAGAACCACGAAAAUUCAACAAACCGGGUCCAAAAUCUAAAAAGAGGAAAGCGCCUGAAGAUUUGGAAGAAAACGCAUCUUACAAGAUAAAGAAAGAAAAAAAAGAAGAUGAAUUGAAAACCGUGGAAUCGCAUGAAGAAGAAAAGUCUGAUGCACUUCUUGACAAAAAGGCCGACGAUAGUAAUGAAACAACCAGUCCAAAAACAAUGUCUAAAAAUCGAGGACGAGGCGUUCCAAUGAGAAAGAAGCUAGCUUCACAAAAGAUAAUAGAGGGAAUUCAAGAACUUCACGUUGCAGAAGUUGACAAAGAUAAAAUUGCUGGUGAAAUCCAAGAUGGCGAGUCAAAUAGGGAUGACACUAAAGAAACUAAAGAGAUGACCGAUGAAUUAAAGAUGACCAACGAUACAAAUAUCAAAACAAAAGCAAUUGACGAACUUCCUGAUAACUCAACAGAUAAGCAAGUUGAUAGGAAUAUAUUUAUGUGUGAUGCCGAAAUCGUAGAACGUGAACAAAAGAUAGACGAAGAACGUUUAAAAAAGAUGGAAGAAAUAAACCAAACAGUUUCUCAAAAACGAGUCAAUUUAAAGUUCACUGAAAAAUUAAAAACGAUGCUGGAAAAACCUACGGAUGUCGAUGUGGAUCCACAAAAUAUUGAAGAAAUAGUAGAUAAAGUGCCUGAUUCAAACGACGCAAAUUCAGUACAAACCACUGAAAUAAAUGCUAAGAUUAAUGUUGAAGAUAAUGUAUCAACUACGCAAAAAUCCCAGGUGACAAGAUCGUCUAGGACUCAUAUUAAAGAGAAAAGUGAGAAAUUAAAUUUUACAAAUUUAACCAGCAAAAACAAUACUCCUAUAAGCAACAUUAUUCAACGUUUACAAGGAAAAUUAGACACCGAACCGACAGUUAACGACAAGCCCAAACCGCCACCGUUGCUUCGUCUUUCCGACUUGAGUCCGUUAAAUGAAGACGAUGAAGGAGAAACUAUUCUAGUUGGUCCUGUUGAAGGCAAAAAUGAUAAAGAGUGCAUGAUAUAUGGAUGUCUGGUGGAUAACUGCGUAUUUAAAACGACCUUGGAAGAUGUGUUCGAAACCCACUGCAUCGAAAGGCACCCUGGUACCACAUGGGAUGGGUUUUGUAAAGCUUGCAACGAAAAAGUCGCGCUCCAAGAAGAACCGUUAAAUAUGAACGAUGCUCUUCGUCACUUGGCAAAGGUGCAUUCAAAGCACGAGAAAGAUGACUCAUUUGAAGAAAAAGAAACGCCUCGUAUAAGUCUUAGAGUGCGGAGGUUAAGCGGAGAUACAUUAUCUAAGUCAGCCGAAGCAAGUUGUAUGGAAAUUUCUGACGAAAAGCCUGUCAGUGAAACAUCGGAAUUUCCUUUCAAAAUUUUGAGUGUAACCUCUGACACAAGUGAGGAACAGCACAACUUCCCCUUCCAGAUUAGUUGCGUAACAACACUAACCCCUGAACAAGAGCAAGAACUGGAAAAAUCUGUUACGAUUGAAAAUCAAACUGAACAAAUUACAUCUACUAUCAAUACGACUGUUACGACAAACGCGCAAUCGCAAAGUAGCGUGGCGAUCUUAGGAUCAUUAGCAGGUACUAAAUUGAAUGUAUUAAUACCCAUUGUUCAGACUAGCAUUGCGAAUUCUAUACUACCGAAAAGUAAUAUCAAUCGGACGCCAAUUAUUUCACAAAAUCUGGAUACUAAAAAACGGGUUACUUUGCGAGAAAUUCCGAUACCGCCGGAAGCGUUAAAAAACCGAAAAUGGGAGUAUGCAGAGCGAUGUAUGAUGCCUUUGCACAAACUCAAACAUUUGUACAAGUGUCCAGAAUUUAAUUGUUCCUUUACCACAAGCAACCCGAAAAAAUUCAUGGAUCAUCUUGUUAAACAUCCUGAAAUAAUCAAAAUUCAAGAAACGGGGAUACCUUGUUUGUAUUGCAACUUUAAAACGACAUUGGAACAAUAUACGUUACAUAUAGACGUUAGACACGGCAAGUGCCAGUACGGUUGCACUUUUUGCUUCUACAGGGCUAUUUGCCAAAGUUAUGUCCAAUUGCAUAUGGAAGAGAUGCAUCCUGGAAGGACGGGAUUUGUCUAUAAGGUGGCAGCAAUAACAAGAAAUGCCAAACCAGCCAUGUCGUUCCCAACCCUAAAACAACUUAUUCCAGUUAUAGAAUGCGCUCACUGCAAAUAUGUAACGCUGUUUAUGGACGAAUAUUUUAAUCAUUGCAAAGACAAACACGUUUUGGCGCAAUUGAAAUGUUUCAAGUGCAAAAAAACGUACCGAAGUUUUCAACCCCUGGUUCACCAUCUUCGGAUACACAACAUUUGGACCUACAAUUGCCGUUAUUGUCCAUCAGGGACUUCAUCUACACAUGAACUAUACAAACAUUUGGCUGUCAAGCACCCCACUUGUCCUCCCGAAAUAAUUAUCCGACAAUUCAUUCCCGAUUACACUGGGCGUACUCCAGACGAAUAUAACUAUAGUGGUGAAGAAGUUUAUACACGUUUAAGUCGCAUAGUUACUGAAAAUCCAAAAUGGGCGAAUACGAAACUUUUACGCGAUCUUUCAGAAGAUGACGACGAAUCACCUCCAACCACUACAUCUAUGCUAUACGUCUCUCCUAAUGUCAGUGCCAUUUUACCUGGAUUUACAACAAAGACUGUGAGCAAAACAACAAAUGCUGUAAAGUCUGUGAUGAGUAGCCGACCAUCUACAUCUACGAAACCAUUACCCCCUGCCGAAGAUAACUCUAUGGCUCAACUCAUCAAACUAGAUGGCAAUUUAGAAAAGAAAAACGAUCAAGGAGGUGUGACAUUAAAUAGUCAGCAAAUUUUUGUACCCGAUUUCGACAAUUCGAAAGAAACGCCGGGAGAGACGGAAAAAUCCACUUCCCUUCGAGAAGAAGAAAGAGAUCCGUUGGAAAUAUCCGCGUCUGAUUUUGAAAAUUCGCAAUCAGAAUUGGUUGCCACACCCAAUUACUUUUCAGAAGUCGAUUUUGACGAAACGAUGACCGAUGAAAAGAGCCAAGGCCUCCAAGGUUGGCAGCUAUUCAAAUGUGAAAAUUGUAAUCUGGGCUUCGAGAAUUCAACCCAGUUCCGGUCGCAUGCCAUUAAAUGCUUCGAGAACAAGGGUGAAACCCAAAAACCGUUUCGUUGUGCUCAUUGCCCGAAGAACUUCAAAACAGCACCUGCUCUCGUAGAUCACGUGCGAGUGCAUGGAACUGCCAAGUUCACCUGCAGUCUUUGUGAUUACGUCUGUCGUUCUAAGACUUACGUCCAUAAUCAUAUGAAGACGCGUCACAAAAUGAGUAACUACAUAGUGAAUCCAGUUGAUGCGACGAAACGUGAUAUGGAUAAGGACGAUUUUAUAGUUCGACCAAGACCCGUCAAGGUAGCAGAGUCAACAGCUAACGUAACCAAUGAAAGCGGUAACCUCUCAACCGAUUCAAAAGCUGCAUUAUUUUUGGAAAAUAAGAUUAUAAAAACAACGUUUAGUCCGCAAGAGAUCAAUUUGCUGCCCCGGCAGGCUGUGUGUAGUGUGGAAUUGAAAUGUUCCGAAUGUCCGUAUGCGACUAAAGUAAAGACAAAUCUGGUUCGUCAUCUACAGAUGCACGAAAGAGAAAAGGAGGUACCGGUGAAUGCACCAGUUAAUCCCGUUCCAUGUUUGGAUAAAAACGAAAAAAUGUUCGAUAAAAUGAUUAAUCUGGCAUUUGCGUCAAACACCAAUGCAAAAACUUUUUCAAAAUCAUCAGAAAAAUCAGGCUUGACUAAAGAGGAAGAAGAGCAACUUCCCGCUUUUGUUCAGUUAACAAAACGAUAUGUUUGCGGAGCUAACGGUUGCAACUACCUGUGUCUCGAAGAUGCCAUGUUACGUCACCAUCUUCUUGCUCUGCACGCCCAUGAGACGGAAUACAAAUGCACACAUUGUAAUGAGAAACUUACGUCCGAAAAAGGAUCCAUUAACGUCGAUCUCGUUAUGAAACACUAUAAGCUGCAUGAUUUACACUUAUAUAUGUGCAGCGAAUGCAAAUUUGUUCACCAUCUUCGUCAUAAAGUUGAUAGACAUCUUUCUGAAAAACAUCCGCUUCAAGAAGCGAGGGUGAUUGUGGUUCGGGAUAUGGAUUCGGAACCGCAUGAAGAAGACUACCCGAAAUCACAAAUGCCAUCGUCGUAUUUGGAAGAAAUAAAGGAAACCAAACCGUGGCGUUGUGGAAUGUGCAAAUAUCGGUGCACUACACGUAACGAAAUUGUUGCCCAUGCGUACAACAAACAUGAAAUGACGAGUCAGUAUAAAUGUGCAUUAUGUUCAUACAAAACUGCAUCAAAGGAUUCCUUUGAUGAACAUUACUCAUCAAGACAUCCGGGUCAAGCGAUUGAUAUAAUUGACGCUUUCUACAAAAUUGAUGAGACAGUGAGUGUCAUCACGAAAGAGAAUUCAUUUGAUACCACACCCUUAUGGCAAAGAGACAGACCGAGAGUAAGACAUAUACGCGGUAUCCUAUUCGAUGAAAGUGGACGUGUACCUAAGAAGUCUCCUUUCAAAAUUACACCAGUAUCAUCCUCGCUCGCAAACAGCAAUCUAGACGAAGCCAUCGAAGCCGUUGCAACAGGAACUUCAAUCGUACUAAAGAACAUUGAGAAAGCUAGCCAAAAAGCUUCAAAACCCACUGGUGGGUGUGAAAUAAUUGAAAUCAAAGAUGAUUCGGACGAGGAAGCAUCACUGAACCAAUCGGGUACAAAGACGUAUCAUAGAGUAUCCGAGAUGCCCAUAUUAAGUCCAAUCGAUCCUUUAGAUAUUACUUCCAAUAAUGAUGAUCCGUUAAAUAUUGAGAUAACUGAUUAUGAUAGACUGAACGAAGUUGUACCAGAGUUCGAAGAUGAUAGUACAGGGCUCAGUCAAGAAAAUCGCGAGGGGCAUAGAUUGUAUGAAAUUGCCGAGAUGGACAUAAAUAAAUUGAUCGCAUCUGACUUGAUGGGCACCUAUGGACCAUAUGGAAAACCUCUGAAUAAGCAAUAUCUCUGCCCAUUAUGUGCCAAAUUUAAGACUAAAAAUCCAAAAGACAUCACCCAUCAUCUUUAUAGAGAACUGGAUUACGCAAGAUAUUGCUGCACCAUAUGCGGCCGUAAAGCGAUCACGUUCGACUUUCUUCAGCGUCAUGCGUCAACAGUCCACAAAACAGAUUCACCCGCCACACUGAUUCAAGGUUUGUCACCGAACAUUCAAAUCGAGAACUGGGUGCACGCAGUAUUACUCGUGCAGCGACGUAUUGCCGCUCAUGGCACCACUCCUAAAUCACAGACCCAACCUGAACAGUCUACUUCACCUUCUCCAUCUAAUUCUUGUACCCCAAACACUGUAGCGUCCUCUAUGGCGCUUAUAACUCCAAUAACUGUCAAUGCUCGUGUUAGUUCAACGCCAUCUAUUUCCGCUACAAUCACUUCUGUAGUGACUACCUCAGCUAUGCAAGCAACAGUCACUCAAUCAACUCCCACUUCUUCCAUGGUUCUUUUGAAGGAUGUUACUUCUGAAGCCAUAUCGGCCGUGACAACCACCCCAUCUGUAGUUCCCGUUGCAAUUAUUGAUUCACCUGUUUCUUCACCGUCAGUACCUACUACGGUCGAGACAUUUGCUACCGUUACACUUUCUCCAUCGGCAUCAACUGCAGCAAAAUCGGUGACACCAACUUUAACCAGCUUGACAAGACGCGCAUUUGACACCGCAAAUGCUAACAUAGCAAUGAUGGCGCCUUCUACUUCGCCAACAACUACGUCACCAGCGAGUCCUAUAAAAUGGCAUUAUUGCGUUCACUGCUCAUAUAAAUGUAAAAAUGCCAAAGACUUGAAAAGACACGUAAAACGACAUUGGGCGCAAAAACCUUUCCGAUGUGGUAUUUGCAACUUCGAAGGCAUCUCCAAAUACGAGAUCAUCAUUCAUUCGAAACGUAAACAUAAGGGAUUGGAGCCUUCACUGAUUCUCAUACCAACACCAACCACCCCUACCAUAAUUCCUGUUAUUAACAGAAAACGGAAAAUUCUAAGCGAUUCCGACGAAUCUAUUUCUAAAAAGGUGGAUUUGGACACGUUAGAUAAUGUGACACCUGAUAUUGUAGACGUCAAGGAUAAUUUAGUUGACGCUUCUUCUGCUACCACAUUUGAAGAUGAUCGAGUUGAUCAACUAAAUUCUCCAGACAGUGAAAAAAAUAACUCAGUAUACCAGUGCAAUUACUGUCCUAAAACUGAAACUCGCAUCGUUACUUUAGAAGAGCAUUGGCAAAAAGCGCACAAAAGCAAACUAAGACCAUUCCGUUACAAAACAAAUCCAUCAAGGACCAGAAUAAACCUACGUUGCGGCUACUGUGACUGGGGAGCCAACAUACAAUCUCUUCGUUUACACCACAAGGAUUCUCAUCCUGAAUUGCCGUUCGUUAUUUACAGACGUAAAUGCGACAAGUGCAAGGCGUUCUUUCUGAAACUGAGCGAAUAUAGUGAGCAUCCUAAAAAUUGUCCUGGGCUAAUAGUAACUCCACAAGCCCAGAAUGACAGUGACAAUGAUGCACUACCUACAGAUGACCUUCUUAAGGUGACUGCUAAAGAAUACGUGUGCAUUAUUUGCUACAAAUAUUUCGGUAGCCAAAAUGCUCUUCUAAAACACAGUGCUGCAGUGCAUCAGACAGAGAAGAGAAAGAAUGAGGAUAAGAACGCUGGGAAUGCAUCCAAAGUUAUUGUGUUAUCUGGCAGUGGUUCUGAGUCAUCUGAUGUAGACAUGUCCCGGGCGAGUAAACUAACAGCUAGAAAGUCAACAUCCUCCAAAAUAACCGCCAGGAAAUCGACAGCAGCUCGUCCCUCAAUGGUGUUGCAGGAUGAAGAAGAGGAAGGUUAUUCCUACUAUGGAACCAAACCGAAAAAGCUCGAUCUCGAUAAAAUAACAACUGAAGUUCCUUUCAUGGGGAGCACGGUUGAAACAAAGAUUGAAAAGUUAGCACAGAUUGUGAACUUGUUCCCAAAAGUCUUACUAACAGAUUGUAAAUUACAAGAUCAAGUAUGACACGAAAUUCAAAAUACC